GCGCAGAGGGGUUCGGCGGUAUAAAGGCGCGCGGAGCCGCGCUCCGGUUUUCAUUCUGAGCGCGGGACUAGAASCAGCCCCGUCCUGAUGGAAGUACACAAAACCAGCGUCCUCCAGCAGUCCAACAACAGCYGCAUGUGUGAGGCCACGCAGAGGUCCUGCGAGCCCCGCAGGAAGAAAGCGGACGACCGCAGUGCGCCUUCGGAGAUGGCGCGGAUAAUCACCGACCCGGUCACCGGCAAGUGCUACUGCCGCGGGAAAGUUUUGGGAAAGGGAGGCUUUGCCAAAUGCUACGAGAUGACGGACCUGUCCACCGGCAAAGUUUACGCCGCUAAGAUCAUCCCUCACGCGCGCGUCUCCAAACCUCAUCAAAGGGAGAAGAUUGACAGAGAGAUUGAGCUGCACAAAGCCCUGCACCACAGACACAUUGUGCAUUUUUAUCACCACUUUGAAGACAAGGAGAACAUCUACAUCCUGCUGGAACACUGUAGUAGAAAAUCUUUAGCUCACAUCUUAAAGGCUCGCAAAGUUCUCACAGAACCAGAGGUGCGUUAUUACCUAAGACAGAUUGUCUCUGGACUAAAGUACCUGCAUGAACAGGAAAUCCUUCACAGAGAUCUUAAACUAGGUAACUUUUUUGUGAGCGAGGCGAUGGAGCUGAAGGUCGGGGACUUCGGUCUGGCCGCCAAGCUGGAGCCGGCGGGGAACAGGAGGAAGACGAUAUGCGGGACUCCCAACUACCUGUCCCCCGAGGUGCUCAACAAGCAGGGUCACGGCUGCGAGUCAGACGUCUGGGCUCUGGGCUGUGUCAUGUACACCAUGCUGUUGGGUCGGCCCCCGUUUGAAACCACCAACCUGAAGGAGACGUACAGGUGCAUCAGAGAGGCGCGCUACUCCCUGCCGUCCUCGCUGUCCCCGCAGGCGAAGCAGCUCAUUGCCAGCCUGCUGGCCAAGACUCCGGAAGACAGACCUGACCUGGACCACAUUCUGAGGCACGACUUCUUCACCCAGGGCUUCAGUCCCGAGCGCCUGCCGCCUAGCUGCUGCCACUCGGCGCCCGAUUUCCACGUCUCCAGCCCCGCGAAGAGCUUCUUCAAGAAGGCGGCUGCGGCUUUGUUCGGCGGGAAGAGGGACAAGGUCAAAUACUACGAGACUCUGAAUAAGUUGACCAAGGAGGAGGAGGAAAUCUACAAACUGCAGCACGACUUGGAGAGAACGGUCAUCAGUCAACAGCAGAGCAAAAAGACGUCUGAGAAUGGAAGUCUACUUCCGCCAUCUGCCGGGAGCCCCGUCGCCUUGGCAACAGAGAGUCAGUCCCCGACGACGCAAGACACCAUCCGUCUGAUUGUCAGGGGGAGUCUGGGCAGCUGUAGCAGCAGCAGUGAAUGUUUGGAAGACAGCACGACAGGAAGCGUGGCUGAAACGGUGGCUGGUGUGUUGAGGGGCUGCUUGGAGAGCAUGCCCAAAGCAAACGACACUCCCCAGGCCCUGAGCAGCAGCAACCUUCAGUGGGUGACGAAAUGGGUGGACUAUUCCAACAAGUACGGCUUUGGCUACCAGUUGUCUGAUCACACCGUGGGAGUCCUGUUCAACAACGGCACCCACAUGAGCCUCCUGCCAGAUAGAAAAACCAUCCAUUACUACGCAGAGUUGGGCCAACGCUCCGUCUUUCCUACCUGCGAGGUUCCUGAGCACUUUGUGGGCCAAGUYACUGUGCUCAAGUACUUCUCGCACUAUAUGGAGGAAAACCUCAUGGACGGCGGAGACCUCGGUACUAUAACAGAUGCACACUUGCCAAGGCUCUACCUGCUGCAGUGGCUCAAGUCUGACCGCGCCCUCAUGAUGCUCUUUAACGACGGCACUUUCCAGGUCAACUUUUACCACGAUCACACCAAGAUCAUCCUGUGUUGCCAGAAAGAUGAGUACAUGCUGACGUACAUCAAUGAGGAACGGGUGUCGAAAACCUUCAAACUCAGCUCCCUGUUGACGUCCGGCUGCCCCGCUGACCUGCGCCAGCGCAUGGUCUACUCCCUCAACAUGCUCCUGCAGAGAUGCAGCUAAACCUUCAUCAGAAACGGCAACAACAAGAACAAAACAAAACAAAAAAAAACUCACAAGAAAAAACAAACUGGCGUUACCGCAGUGCUGCAGAGGAACAAGCACACGCAGAACUUGUGAAAGAUGGAUAGACUGCGAGGCUGGACUUAAGUGAAAUAAAUGAACACUCCUCACCGCGUCGCGCCGCCGUGACUCAGCAUCGGUGCAGGUGAAACUACAGCAGAGAGACUGAAACAAGCGGAGAUGUAGCACAAUGAUUGUGGAUGGAAAAGGGCUGUUUUGUAUGUCGAUUGUAGGACGGUGUACGUUGGUACGAAAGAGGACCCCAGAUGUGUUUAAUUUUUUUUUUUUUGCGGGGGGGAUGAAACAAAACGAUGACGUUGGUCAAGUAAAGACAAAUGCUGGGCUGGCUCCAGCUUUCGUUAUGUACAGCACAAACUGAUGCUCUGAACUCAACCAGAGCUCGACUGUGAGAUAAUGUAAAUGAUGUACAGUGUGUGUCAGCGGUGUCGAGAGAUGACUCAUCAACGUGUGCGAACGCUGCGGCUGCUUUAUCUGUCGCCAGUGUGCGUCUAAUAUCACACUAACUUUUAAAACUGUGAUUUUUUUUUCUCUUUAUUGACAGCACACAAGGCCAGGAGGCAGAGGUGUGAUGUGAGGUGAGGGAGGGAAGGAUGCAAGAUGUUAGAAAUGUCAAAAAAACAAAAAAAAACAUGCUAGAGCCUCUUUAAGGACCUCCUAAGAGCCAUUAUCACCUUGGUCAAAAUCUCUUAAAUAACUUAUUGUGUAAGAAAAGUGCAGUAUUUAUUUAUUUAAUAAAUAACAUGUUUUCUAAAAAAAAA